AUGCCUCGCAAAUACGGCACAACAGUGUAUGUGAGGAGCAAGUGGCCACUGAUGCUCCGCAUCAAGGGAACCGUCAUCCUCUCCAUUUGGUGGCAAAUCUUAGCAAUCGGUGUCUACUCGACUGCUGUCUUCUUUAUCGACAAAUACUCUGCCUGGAAGAUGAACUACUCCCUCUCGCUGGUCUCAGUGAUGGGUAUGGUUGUCUCCCUUCUCUUGGUCUUCCGUACGAACACCGCUUAUGAUCGCUACUGGGAGGGUCGUCGUCUGUGGUCACAGAUGACACUCUGCAUCCGUAACCUGACUCGUUGUAUCUGGGUCAACGUUUCCGAGACCGAGACCCGCGACGUGCUCGAGAAGAAAUCUGCCAUCAACCUCCUUGUCGCCUUUGCCUUUGCCACCAAGCACUACCUUCGUGAGGAGUACGGUUACGAAUACGAGGACAUGGUCGACCUGUUGGCCCACAUCCCCAAGUAUUCUCUUCCCACCUCGACUCAGCCCAUGGAUUGGAGAACUGAUAUCCCUACCCCUCUUGGAACCCUCCAAACCCAGGGUAAUCAGCAACAACAUCAACAAUCAUUGCAAUUGUCUGAGAAGCAGGGCGUCAAGGUCUCUGGUGUCAGCACCACCACUGGCCAAGGCGAGACCCGUCAUCGCCGUCAGCAGAGCAAGCGUCGCGCUUUGGCAUUUGAUUUCUUGACCCCCACCAACAUCCCCGUCGAGUUGUCGUACUACAUUGGAAGCUACAUCAAGUCCUGCGGCGCCAAGCAGAAGGUUGACGCUUCGACCAUGACCGUGAUGAACAACUCCCUCGUCUCCAUGAUCGACUGCCUCACCGGAUUCGAGCGUAUCCUCCGUACCCCGAUCCCCCUCGCCUACUCCAUCCAUCUCCACCACGCCACCUGGAUCUACCUCCUCGCCCUGCCCUUCCAACUCGUUCAGAACCAGGACGAGCUCAUGAUUCCCUCAGUCAUGCUCGCUGCUUUCACACUCCUCGGAAUCUUGGGUAUCGGUUACGAGAUCGAGAACCCGUUCAACGACGACUAUAACGAUCUGCCUCUGGAUGAUUUCUGCAAGGUGAUCCAGGCCGAGGUCGACUCGAUGGUCAUGAACCGCGCCCCCGUCCCCGCUGACUGGGUCUUUUCCGAGAACAACUACCCCCUGGCCAACUCACGUCUUUCGGCAAAGGAGCUUUCAGAGUUGUCGUUGGAACAGGUGCACAGGAUCUUGGAGGCCGAGGGACGUCCUACGGUGCAAUAUACUAGGAACGAGCCUGGAAAUGUUCAUGAGGAGGCGAUUCAGAAUUUGAAUGUUCAGAAUGCUGCUUCUGGGGCCACGAGUGUGCCUUCAAUUGUUGUUGAGGUUCCCCCUACCGCCCCCGUCAACAACAACACUCUUCCCAAGUAA